AUGGCUGUCGAAGGCGUGGAGCAGAUGAUCCACCGGGAUCCUGCCCUGUUCUAUUGGAUCCUGCUGCCCAUCACCAUCGUGAUGAUAUUGACUGGGGUCCUCCGACACUAUGCCUCGGUUCUACUACACACUCCGCCAAAGCCUCCGAACAGUCUUUCUGAGUCUCGUGAACGACAAGCGCUUCUCCGGGGUAUCAACCUGCGGAACAACGCUGCUGCCGCGGUGACGACAUCUUCAUUUACCCGCCGAAAAGAAUACCUUAUCGAUGGUUACCACAAAGGGACAUUUUUGAAAGGUGGACCAGAUUCCAAGGAUCAAGGUGCAGCAAACCCCAUGUCCGAUCCUGCAGCCAUGGAGGGUAUGAUGGGAAUGAUGAAAGGAAACAUGGCCAUGAUGAUCCCUCAGACUCUGAUCAUGUCCUGGAUCAACGCCUUCUUCGCCGGCUUCGUCAUUCUCAAGCUGCCUUUCCCACUCACUAUUCGAUUCAAAUCCAUGUUGCAGUCUGGCGUCAUGACCCGAGACUUGGAUGUCAGAUGGGUGUCCAGUUUGUCGUGGUACUUUCUGUGCCUCUUUGGCCUUCAAAGCGUGUUUAUCUUCAUUCUCGGCAAUGAGAACGCAGCCAGCCAGAUGGCCCAGCAGAUGGCGCAAAUGAACCCGGGUGCAAAUGCCAAUCCGUUCGGUCCUGGCCAGGAGCCUCAUAAGAUGUUCCAGGCGGAGGCAGAAAACCUAGAGGUUUUGGAUCAUUGGAGCAUUCUUGACGGUGCAGAGGAUCGCUUGCUGCGGAUCUAUGCCAGCUAG